AUGCCGGGCAUUCCUUCCCAACCCAACAAUAUACCCUUGGCCUCCUCACUUCCUAAGGUCAGCUUUCGCAAAGUGCCACCAGAUGAAGCGCUCAUUUUUCACAUACCACCAGGCAUCAUCGAGCCUCAUGCUCUUCCUUUCGGCUACAAUGACAGCUCAAAUUACGAUAAGCCAGACCACUACAUUCGCUACCUUGAGCCCAUCGAGGGCGAUCUCAAAAAGCAGGUCGAAUAUGACAUGGAUGAGCAGGAUCAAGAGUGGCUCGACGCUCUCAACCACGACAGGCGCAGUCAGGGACUCGAUAGCAUCUCGUACGAGGUCUUCGAGAUCAUCCUUGAUCAGCUAGAGAAAGAAUGGUUCGACCUGAUGAACCGGGUCCCGCCCAAAGCGAGGCAUGGAGCGGGCGCAGACGCGGCAGCUGACGGUGCUGAUGCCGACGAGGAAGACUCGGAAGAUGGCGAAGACAGCAAGUGCGCCAUCUGCGAUGAUGGAGAAUGCGAAAACUCGAAUGCCAUCGUCUUCUGCGACGGAUGCAAUCUCGCCGUCCACCAGGAUUGCUACGGCAUUCCCUACAUCCCUGAAGGCCAGUGGCUCUGUCGCAAAUGCACCGUCUCACCUGACCGUGCCGUAUCGUGCAUCCUUUGUCCGCACGAGGGCGGCGCUUUCAAGCAAACUACCACUGGCAAAUGGGCUCAUCUUCUCUGCGCCAUGUGGAUUCCAGAGACGGGCGUCAGCAAUCCCGUCUACAUGGAGCCCAUCGACAGCGUGGAGCGAAUCCCGAAAGCGAGGUGGAAGCUGCAGUGCUACCUGUGCAGAUACAGAAUGGGCGCCUGCAUUCAGUGCGACAAUCGCUCCUGCUUCACUGCCUUCCACGUCACUUGCGCUCGCAAAGCAGGGCUUCUCUUUCGCACGGAGCGCACCCGCGUCUCACAUCAUCUUUACGAGGAUUCGGACGGCAGCGAUGACGAGGGGCCCGAGGUGCUGCGAGCCUGCUGUCACAGGCACAUGCCCCCCGAGAUGCGCGACCAAUUCAAAGUCGACUUUGGUCGACAAGGGGCCCUCGAUGACGAGCGGUCCGAGACCUCCUAUCGUGCAUCGCCUCUUGUUUCUUCACGCGCACGCGAAAUGUCCGUCGAGUCAGGCAUCGGAGCGCCGUUAAUCUCGGUCAGCCGCCGUAGCUCCAUGGUCGGCAGCCAUGACGGGGCAUCGUCCGCUGCCGACCCGAAGAGCACCUCCAAGUCGGCCCGUGCCUACAAGAAGAGCUUCAAGGCGGGACCUCCGCUCGUUCCCGCUUACAUUGCCAACCGCGUGCUCGAGUACAUCACCAAAUUACACCUGCGCAAGAAGGCAACCGCAUUGCAGCUCAUCGCCCGCUAUUGGUCCUUGAAACGCGAGGCCCGCCGGGGUGCGCCGCUCCUCAAACGGCUCCACCUCGAGCCCUGGACUGCCUCCACGAACAACAAAGAGCAGACCGACGCUCAAAAGGCCAAGAAGCUCCACUUUCUCCGAAGCAUUCGAGGAGACCUCGAGCGUGUGCGCAUGCUCGUCGAACAGGUCCGCAAACGCGAGAAGGAGAAGCUGCGCCAAGCACAAGAGAUCCGCAAUUCGCUCGUGGAGCCCGUGCUCUUUCCCUUUCAUACCGACCUUCGUGCCGCUAUUGCAAAGUUCGAAGCUGCUGACAGAUUCGGCUACUUUGCAUUGCCCGUCUCCAAGAUCGACGUGCCUGACUACUACGAUAUCAUCAGAGAGCCUAUGGACUGGGCGACCAUCAAGGACAAGAUCCACCUCAAAGUGUACGACACGGUCGGAGAGAUGCGCGAGGACGUGCUCAAGAUUGCUACCAACUCCAUGACCUACAACAAGCCGGAUACCCCUUACCACAAGGCCGCCACCAAGAUCCUCAAGAUGAUACCCGAGGUCUUUGCCGAGUUGCAAGCAAUCGAGACGUCGCAUCUCCGUGUGCACGAGCACAGAAUGGUCGAACAGCGGCAGACAGAGCCGCCGAUGGAAGACGACGUGGCCGAAGGUGAUGAAGCAGCCUCGCUGACGAUGCAAAAUUCACCUUCGGUUGACGCCGAGACUCGUCGUCAGCUGCUCGAGUUGGGCCUCGAGCCCCCAUCAGACCUGAUCUCUCUGCUCCGAGACUAUCGUGCGAUGGAAGAUGAAGAGGAGCUGGAUAUCAGGCAGCAAGCGUACGGUACGCAUCCGAUGCCGUCGAGUGUGCCCAUCAAGGCUGAAGAGGAGGGACAAGGCGAGAAUGAAGUAGGCCAGCACUCGAAGCGGAGGGGCCUCACGCCGGUACUCAACCUGAUGGACGACUUCGUUCGCGAAGUGUACGUUCCACCGCCUCCGCCUGCGCCGCCGGCUCGAGUGUCACCUGUGUCCUCGUCCAAGAAUCAGAAGGCUGCUAAGGCCCCGGCAACCGCGGGAACCGCAGAGGACGCGGCGCCGAAGGUACCACGGAAGCGCAAAGCAUCGAACACGGAGCCUCCGGCCCCGAUUGAAAGGAGAAGCACGCGUCGGUCCAUCGCUCUGGAGGCAGAAUCCGAAAAGGCGCAGGACCCGGCCACAGAAGCCGUCCCUGCGACGCCAGCGCGCAACAAACGCCUCCGAUCGCAGAGCUCAGCCAAGCCAGCAUCCACCGAAAAUGCAGGUACGCAGAGUGCCAAGAAGCCAGAAGCAGCUUCCAUGACCAGAUCGGCGUCGCAAAUGUCAGCAGAAGCGCAAGAAGGCGUCCAGGUCAACGGAGACGUUGGCGCACACGAUUCGUUCCUGCUCUUCAAUUCCGGAUGGGUGCUUCCAGAGGGCUCCAAGCGUCAUCGCAAUGCUGCAGCCAGACCGGAGAUGAUCGGCCAGCGUCCACGCAAGAUCUCUGCGCCUGAAUCGCCGGCACCCAUGGACCUCAGCCAGAUCUCUGAGCAGGUAGCCGCCGCCGCGAUGACACCUCAGCAGCGUCCACGAUCGCGCACCGUUCCGUCGUCAAGCCGGCAGGUUGACACCACGCCAGCAGUCGGGACUAGUAGACGCCGGAGCAGCGGUCGCAGAGCAUCUGUGGCGAAGCCCGAACCGGAGGACGAUCAGAAGGCGGAAACGGCAGCCAGCUCCCCGCUCACUUCGGAGGAUGAAGGUGAGAAGCACGCCGGCACUUCCGCGCAAGGAAGGCAGACCAGAUCAAAGCGCACUGUCAAGAGGGAGAACAGCCAAGUCUCCGAAGGUCCUUCAGAAGCUGCCGCCAGCGAGACACCCAGCUCUCUACGACGCAGCGCACGCACCCGCACCGUCUCUGCCGACCGCUCUGUAUCGCCCGCAACCUCGAGUCGACAACGCUCCACAUCAGCAUUGCCGCUCGAUUUUAUUACCAACCCACCGGGGGAGGGCACGCGGGUGUGGGCCAAAAUGGAGAGAUUCCCGCACCAUCCCGGCAUCGUCAUCACCGACCGCUCAAAACUACCUCGCGAAUUGCUCAAAUAUCAGUCAAACGAUGCACGGGUUGCCAUCAAGUUCUUCGGCAAGCAAACCACCUGGGGAUGGGUGGCGGCCGACAAACUCGCUCCUCUGCUCAUCGACGACCGGGUGGACGAAAAGUAUCUCAAGCUGGCCUCCAAAAAGUCCCACUCGAAGGGGCAGGCGAAACUGGUCCGGGAAGCGUACGACGAGGCACGAUCCAAGAUGUGA